CCGCGAGGCACAGACAAACGGCGCGCUCGCACUUCCGGUGGCGCGAGGGACGCCGGGCGGGCGAGCGAGGGCCGCGGACGGCAGGCGCGACAGUUCUGAGCUGUGUAGCUCUAGGAAGUGAAACAUUUGUUCAGAAGAAGAGAGUUGACUUUCCUAAGAAUACAUUUGGCUUUUCACCAUGCGGUUUGGAAAACCUAAGGGAGGUAUUUCUCGGAGCUCAAGCCAAGGAAAAGCCUAUGAGAACCAGCACAAAACAGGCCGACAGCGACAGAAAUGGGGAGUGACUGUUCGGUUUGACUCUGGCUUGAGUAGACUGAGAAGAAGCUUGGACGAGAAGCCUUAUAAAUGUACUGAAUGUGAAAAGAGUUUCAGUCAGAGCUCAACUCUUUUUCAACACCAGAAGAUCCAUACUGGAAAGAAAUCCCAUAAAUGUGCAGAUUGUGGAAAAAGUUUCUUUCAGAGUUCAAAUCUGAUUCAGCAUCGACGGAUCCAUACUGGGGAAAAGCCCUAUAAAUGUGAUGAGUGUGGAGAAAGGUUUAAACAGAGCUCAAAUCUUAUUCAGCACCAGAGAAUCCAUACUGGAGAAAAGCCCUAUCAGUGUGAUGAGUGUGGCCGAUGUUUCAGCCAGAGUUCCCACCUCAUUCAACAUCAGAGAACCCACACAGGGGAGAAACCCUACCAGUGCGGUGAAUGCGGCAAAUGCUUCAGCCAGAGCUCUCAUCUUAGGCAGCACAUGAAGGUGCACAAAGAAGAGAAGCCACGUAAAACCCGGGGCAAAAAUAUUAGGGCGAAAGCUCACUUAGUAUCAUCUUGGAAAGCUGGUAAAGGAAGGAAGUCAGUGGCUCGUCUCCGCUAAGUAAAAAGGGCACUGCAUCAACCCUCUUUUAAAAAAAAUAAGAAGCAUUUCUUUUAGAACUGGAGUAUUUUAUAAUAGUGCACUUAAAUACUAUAUCCUUUCCUAGCAUGGGGACAUUGGGGGGUUUAAUGACAUUGGGCUGAGAGAAAUUACAUUGCCUUCCUCAUUUUUUAUAUAACCUGGAAUACAGAAAAACUGAAACUGUUUUGGGAGAAUAUAAGCUCCUUUAUCUCAUUUGAAAUCACUUCCUGCAUCAUUUUGACAAAAACAGUGAUGUUUUGGUAACACAUGUAAAAGUGUAGGAAUUCCAAUGACUACUCAGUUCUAGGACUUUCCAUGGAAAGAAUAAUUAAAAGGGAGAAGAAAUUCCAUUAGUUUUGGAGUUCUGCAGUAGAUGAGAUUUUGUUUGUCAAGUUUUGUAGCAUAUUAACCAUUGGCUUGUAAGUAUGACUCAAGAUUCAACAUAUUAAAAUGAAUUCAUGUUCACAAAUUUUUAAUCAACAAGGUCCGUUACUCUGUUAGCUUGCUUUUGUUUCUUCUGCUUAUGGAGAGCUGUUAGAGGAGCAGAAUGUCUCUGUUUUUCACUAAAUUCUUAGUAAGAGAUACUCUAGAAGCCAAAAGGAAUUGAAUUAGACCACAAGAUUCCUAAUACUCCUCUUUGUGAUGGUAUUACACUGUCACUUGUUUUCCAGAAGCUGGAAUGGAUUUUUUGUUAGUCCAUCCCCAUGCCUUUAACUUCUUUUGGCAUUCUCUUGUGCUUUGACAGACUGAUCUAGCCUUUUAUAUCUACAGGAAUAAAUAAUUAAACCAAAAUUAUUUUUCCAAAACCACCUCAACAUGCAAAUUAAAAAUCUACAAUUUACAUGCCUCCUUGCCUUCCCCUUUGAGAGCUUCAGAUAGGCUUAAUUAUCUUAAAUGUUUGCCAGUGACAAAAUGAAGUUUUUGAAGUGUCAAUGCAUUGAAAUCUAAGUUUAACUUUUUCAGAGUUGUAUCAAUUAUUUACAAAACCAAGCAAACAAGUUUCUUUCAUCAGAACAGUGCCAAGUAUCAAACAUUCUGAUUAGCCUUCAGCUCAUGUUUUAAUUUCUAUUGAAUGCUAACAUUCUUCUGAUUUUUUUAUAUCUUUUAUAAUCAUAUCAAUUCUUGCUGUAUUAAUGACAGUUAUCCAUAAAAAUAAAAAAAGAUUAUUUUGCAUACUAC